CAAAUAGCUCGGUUUUAUGAAGAAUGGAGAAGAUAAAGAUUGAUAAGAAAGCGUCGCAAUCAUUGGAUAAAUAUUUGGAAUACAGAAGGAUUGUGGGUGAUGAGGAUGGAGGUACACUAUUCACUCCGGCACAAUAUGAGCAGUACAAGAAGAGGGUUGUUCCUCAGAGGAUGAACAACAGACUCUAUGUGAGCUUCGGGGUACCAGGAGAAGGACUAGAGUGCAAGCUGGUCGGACCUGAGACUCAAUGCUUCUGCUCCCACAGAUACAAGCAGCACAAGACAGACUUUGAAGUGCUUUCGUCGGGGGCCCCUCUAGCCCUGCCUUGCCAGGUUAAGGGUUGCCGGUGUACAGCCUACCAAUAUGUUGCCCUCAGCGGCUCUCGGCCGGUUCGCUGCAGGUGUAAACACACGGCAGAGGAUCACAGUGAGGCCGGCAGACAUUUUUGCAACAUGUGCUCUUCCUGUUCUGGGUUCCAGAGCCCCUACACCUGUGGUUGUGGCCAGCCCAGCUACGCCCACCACACACUGGUGGAGACCAGGCAGCAGAGGCUGGCUGAGGGGAAGCCGGUGGGGAGGGAUGUUCCCUACAAGGCCAUGGGGGGCCUGACAGGCUUCAGUUCUCUGGCUGAUGGUUACCUCCGGCUGGAUGCCCACCAGGGUCCAGAAACACAGUCCGCAUCAGAGACGAGGAGGGAAGAAGAGGAUGACAUGGCGUACUUUGAGAGGCGGUACCAGGAGCGGUUGAAGGCUGACAAAAUAUCCAAAGGUCUGAGGAUCAAAGAUGUGCGUCAACCAUCUAGAAUUACGGUCAGUACGGGACAAACAGAUGACCAUGGCCCAGCUGACCUCUAUUCAAACAUCCAGCAGACUAAUGGCUGUGGGCAUUGACAUUUACCAUGUCAAACUGGUCACAGCCUUGGAAAUAAAUGAAGAUCAAAACACUUAGCAAUACUAAUGCUACUUGACCUCAGUGCUGCAUUCGACACUGUACACCAUACAUUACUUCUGGAAAGGUUAGAAAACUGGGUGGGGCUUUCAGGCACUGUCUUAAAUUGGUUCAGGUCCUACCUACAAAAUAGAAACUACUUUGUUUCCAUUGGCGACUUUGUAUCAGAAUCAACCAACGUGACAUGUGGAGUCCCUCAAGGUUUGAUCUUAGGACCCUCUUUAUUUAACAUCUACAUGCUCCCACUAGGGCAAAUCAUGCAAAAUAACAAUAUUGACCAUCAUUGCUAUGCUGAUGACACGCAAAUCUAUGUAUCGCUAUCACCAAAUGACUAUCAGCCCAUAGAUCUGCUGUGCCAGUGCAUUGAGCAAGUGAAGGAAUGGAUGUGCCGAAAUUUCCUUCAGCUAAAUGAGGACAAAACAGAGAUAAUUGUAUUUGGUUCUAAAACGGAAAGGCUUAAAGUAGCCCAACACCUUCACUCUCUGUCCCUGAAAACCUCAAUCAAAGCCAGAAAUCUAGGGGUUAUCAUGGAUUCAGAUUUACAUUUUGACAGUCACAUCAAAUCAGUUACAAAAUCGGCAUAUUAUCACCUUAAAAAUGUAGCAAGACUCAGAAUGCUGCUGCUAGAGUUCUAACAAAGACCAAAAAAUUUGAUCAUAUUACACCAAUUCUGAAAUCGUUACAUUGGCUUCCUGUAGGUCAGAGAAUUGAUUUUAAAAUCAUGUUGCUUACCUAUAAAUCCCUACAUGGUUUAGGCCCAAAAUAUUUAACUGAUAUGCUUCCACUACAUCAGCCUUUUAGACCACUAAGAAGCUCUGAGACCAAUCUGUUAAUUAUCCCCAGAGUAAACACAAAACAUGGGAAAGCAGGAUUUAGUUACUAUGCAACAAAUAGCUGGAAUAAACUCCAGCUUUUAAGACUUGCCCCAACUCUGAGCACCUUUAAAACAAGACUGAAGACUUUUAUGUUUGCUAUAGCUUUCUGCUAAAUCUUAAAUACAUUGCACUUUCUAAAAAAGCUUUUUUAACUUUGCCUUUAUUUUCUAUUUUAAUACUAAAAUGCAUUUUUAACUUUCUAUUUUUUGCAUAUGUUUUUCUUUUACUUACCUAUUAUUUUAUUUAAUUG